AAGUCAGCUGAUGAGAUCAACAACUCGAGUGGCGUGUUGAAGGCUUGAGGCAGGGCCACAAGGCCAGGCCAGCCAGUCUUCCUCGCGUCCUCCCAGUGUGUGGGUACUGUUCUCGCUAUCAUGAAGUGGUGUCUGACAGUGCUAAGUGUUUCGGUAACAUGUUUUUGUGCAGUGGAGAUAGUGUCAUCCCAGCCCCAACCACAAAGUGCUGGAGGAGUGCCCCUGCCAACAGCACCUGGAUUGGCUCAGCACACUCACCAGGGCCAUGGCUUAGCAUCACCAGCAGGACCUCACUUUAAUCACCAGCAGGGGGGAGGAGUUCCUCUGCCACUGACACCUGGCCAGGCCCAGCACCACCCCCAGAGCCAUGGCGUGUCACUCCCAAGUGCCACUGCCCAAAACCCCGCCGUGUCUGCAGGUGCACCACUGCCUUCACUCGGUCCUCACUCUGUGGUAGUGGUUCCUUUGGAUCAGACUGGAGGAGUGCCUCUGCCACCUCACAGUAUUUCCGGGGGCCAUGGGUCUCCUCCCAUCUCUGUGGGUGUUCCACUUCCGCCUCACAAGGGUGCAGGGGGUAUUGGCGCUGCGGGGAUCCCUACCCUGAUUGAGGGAAUGGCAACCCUGAAGCCUGUCAGAAACCUAGAUGUAGACAGUGAUGUUCAGCUUGCAGUCGGGCUCACUUCUGUGAACCAUCACCUGCAGCUUAGGACCAAAGCUGAUCACGCAGUUAAAAUUACAGGUGUCAUCAGUGCCCACAAACAGAUUGUAUCCGGCCAAGUCCUUUACCUGACCCUGCGUGUAAGGGAGACCAAGUGCCCCAUUGGGGUUCCUGACCCGGAGAAAUGCCCGCUGGAUCUGAGUGAAGAUGAACACAUCUGUGAAGUGGCACUGUGGCAGAGGCCAUGGCUGAACAGCUCCAAGAUUAUCAAUGAGAAGACCAGGUGUGCUGAGGCAGAGGACGAUAAUGACUUUAAGAGGUGGGGGCCUCAGGUGCUCUUGCAUGUGCCCUCUCCUGCAGAGACAGAUGCAGUGGCACUGCCACAGGGGGUUGAGGAACAGCAGGUUGGAGUGGAAGCCUUUAAUUAUAUUGACCACGGCUCAGAGUCCAAAUUUCGAGGUGAACUUAUUGCAUAUGAUGUAACGAGUAUGAAGUUUGACCCACUGACAGACACGACCCAGGUGCAAGUAGAUGUGGAGUAUGGCUUCACUCUUUGCCUCAAGUCCCAUGACCAGCUAACAGACAACCGGGAAUGCCCUCCUGACAUUCACCGGGGGCAUUACAUUUGCUCGGUGGUUGUGGUGCAUAAUCCAAAUCAAAUAACAAGCCUUGAAGUUGUCCCCAUUCUUGAUGAUGAUGAUGACAUACAUUGUGAAAGAAAGAAUGCAGAAGAGGAAUUAGUGGUGCCAGUGGUGGCCCCAUGCUCUGGAUGCCCUCACCCGGCGCCGCUCAAUGAUCCCACCAUUCUAGAAGUGGCUGACUUUGCCUUGAGGGAGUAUGAUAGGACCUCAACAGAUGAAGACAACCUUCAUAUUCUUCUGCGCCUCAUCAAAGCUCACAGCCAGGUGGUGGCAGGAAUAAGAUACUUCCUAACUGUGGAGUUGGCCGAAAGCCUCUGCAAGAAGACUCUCACCGGUGUUGAUGUGAACAGAACUUUCUGCGGUCAGGAUCACACGGAGGAAACCAAAAUAUGUGAUCUGCAUGUGAUUGACCAGCCUUGGAUACCAGCCAGAGAUCUCAUCAAUGCAAGAUGCUACGACAGAGACAGCUACCCAUCCUCUAGCCACGAUGAGUUCAUUGUGCCAGUCAGCCUAGGUGCUGGGCUGGGAGCAUCACAUCGGGACAGUUCUUCACUGCCUGGAAAUGAGGGCCAUCUGAAUGUGGCUGAGGAUUCCAGUGGAGCUGUGAAGUUUGUAGUGGAGGAGUAUAAUCGCCGGGAAGAUGAUGAUGAAUAUUACAAAUUAGUUAAAGUUCAUGAAGUCACUUCACAGGUACAGGGACAGGAUGGGCGAAGGUAUCACAUUGUGGCAGAGCUUGGUGAGACAAGAUGCAGGAAGAGCAAUCCAUCCACUGGUGACCAUUGCCCCUUAGAUCCCACAGAGGAGCAUGAGGUGUGUGAAGCUGAUGUUUUAGAGCAGCCAUUAACUGGUAAUCAUCAUCCCUACAGGAUUCUUAGCCUCAGGUGUGAUGACCUUGAUGAUUACCUGUUCAAGAAAUUCAUGCCAAGACUCAGUCCUUCUGAUGUGAUGGACCAUCCAUUCCUGGAUGUAGCUGCAGACACCAGUGCUGGGUACCACAGUGUGGCCACCAAUGACUCUCUUGUUCACCAAGCUGCAAUAUUUGUAGCAAAUCAGUUUAACUUACGGAAAGAUGAGGAUGAAUUGUUCAUUCUGGGCAGGGUGACCUCAUCACUUUCACAGUCUUCCCCUAGUGGAGUCACAUAUCAUCUUGAGGUAGAGCUUGCUGAAACCCACUGCAAGAAAUACCUAUUUGUGGCUGACCCUGAACGCUGUCCUAUUGACCACUCUGAGGAGAGGGAAGUGUGUCAGGCAGAGGUAUUGAUUUCACAAGCUCCUGCCACUGAUAUGCAGCUCAUCAAGCUCUUCUGUGAUGAAAUUAAUGACUAUUAUACAAGAAGACUUAGAGAUGGACCUGGAGGAGACUGGAUGGAUGUCAAUGUGGAUGACCAGGCUCUUGCGAAACUUGGGCGUCUUAUCGCCAAUGAGUAUGACUUCCGCUCUGAUGAAGAUAGUCUAUUUAUCUUCCAUAAAGUCCUAAAGGCUCGCAAGCAGAUUGCAUCCGGCAUCAAGUAUCAACUGGUGGUGGAGUUACUGGAGACAGUCUGCCCCAAAUACAAACGGCGCAUCAACAAGGCACGCUGUGCACCUGACAUUGGUGAAGAUCACAUGGUGUGUGAGGCACAUGUGCUCUCUCAGCCAUGGCUCCAGAGAGAUGAUAUCUCUCAUUUACGGUGUGCUGAGAAGGAUGAAUUUUUCGCUGGUGAUGAGUCUGUGGAGGUGUUCUAUCCUAAGGUGCAUCCUUCAGCCCAUGCCAGGCCUGUGUUCAAGAGCCACUUCCUGUUGCGCACUAGUGAUGAGAGUGAGGAGAGCAAUGAGCGUUUCUACGAUCCAUCACGACGCAGCAGUGCCAGCAGGAGCCGUGAAUCGAAAGAAGAUGACUCAGAUGAACGUUUCUACAGCCCUUCUGGGCAUACCAACAUACAUCAUAGUGACACCGAUGAGUAUGAUUCUGAUGAGAGGCAACGGACAAGGGGUCGUCGAGCUGUUUUAGGUUCUCCCUCCAGUACAGCACUGCCAAAUUCAUUUGUGAAAGAACUGGCUUCCUUUGCUGUCCAGUCGCUUGAUCAUAACUCAAGUGACAUUUACUCAAGUGGUGUGAAAGAAGUACUUCAUGCUGAAAUGCAAGAGACGUCAGGAAAUCUGAUGCUGGAGAUUUUGGUGCAUUCAACGACCUGCCUGAAGAAUCAACAGGACUUGAGUGUCUGCCAAGAGGACCCUCACAAGCCUGUAUACCUGUGCAAGGUCACCAUUACUGAGGAUCCUCCUUUAGGGGGUUAUGUAGUAAGCAGUAUGUCAUGUCAUGCCAGGAAUACCAACCCUAAGUCAUAGAUAACAUCUUUAUCAUUGCAAACAUGAUCGAGUUCAAUGAUGUUCUUUCACUUGGCUAAGAUAAAAAUCUCCAAGGUCAACACCCAUCUUGAUCUGAUUUGUAUACAGUAUGAAUGGGCACACCUAACAUCACCACUUGCGCAGUACAAACUUAAUGGAGGGACUGUUUUUGUCUCAAGUGGGGGUAGUGGACUUAAACAGUAGCCUUUCUUGAUUUAUUUGUUUAUUUAUUUAUGAUCCAUGAAACAUAAUAGAAUUAAAUCAAAGUAUGUGCUUAUGUUUGUAUUCAUUCAUACAUGCUCUGGCAAUAUUUCCAUGGUUUCUGAUUCACAAAUUUGAGUGAAAUUCUAUUGUAAUAAACACUCACAAAAUCUCUGUCACUAGUAAAACUGAAAGUAAUAAUGUAGGUUAUGGCUCCAUGAAAUAAACGUACUAUAUAGAUAAAUAUGAAAGCUUACGAAAGUCAGAAUAAGUGACAUCACCUUCUUUGUGUAGUAAAACAUACUUAUUUAAUGAAUCUGAUACCUGAAACAUGGCGCGGACUGCUGCCAGAUGUACGAAAACAUCAUGUGAGUGUAGGUAUUUUGGAUGUGAAAUGCUAAUGCGAGGAAUAUGCUAGCAUAUACAUGGGAUAUUGCUGACUGCAAGUCUUCUUUAUAAAAGAAAGUAGACAUACCCAUGUAUGAAUAGGCUGAAGGACAGGGCAACAGUUCCAUCCCAGAAACCACCACCAUGGAGACGAAAAUCAUGCGAAAUGUAUGUAAAAAGAGGUGUGGCAUGGAGAGGAACAAAACCUGUCACAUGUCCGCCCUUGACAUUUAAAGUAAUGGCCCUUCCCAAGCACUCCCAGACCCAGAAUACUUACAAUGAGUGGGGAAGAGCACCCACACCCAGAAUAAAGAAUGACAUACAAAUCAGGUCUUUAACCAUUAGUGUAGGUACAUACGCGGCAGUGUUUUGGUGCCAGCUUUCAGCACCUGGCCGCAGUUGUCGUAUAAGAUAUGAAAGUAUUUUCAUAUUCUGAUUCUGUCGUUUAUUAUUCAAUGUUUUGCAGAAGAAAAAGAAUACUAAAAAUAUUAGUGACAUUUUUGGAAUGUAAUAUUCUCUACGGAACCCAAUAGUUAUGUUACCUCCUACUGGCAAAGAAAUGUACUGAAUCCACGUCUUGUGUGGAGAUGUUAGGUGCGCCUAUGAGAACUGUGGCACAGAUGUCUGCAGAAUUUUGUACUAUUAAGCUAAAGUAUAUAUAUAUAUAUAUAUAUAUAUAUAUAUAUAUAUAUAUAUAUAUAAAUAUAGAGAUAUAGAUAUAUAUAUAUAUAUAUAUAUAUAUAUUAUAAGGAUGUAUAUACCAUAUUUGCUGGCAUCAAAGACGAGCCCCUAUUUUCAAGUGCUAUAUUUUGGAGAAAAAAAUCCUGACCCUCACCUUGUUGGUUGUUUUCUGACUGUCAGUACAUGUCUACCAUAUACUAGUGGACCAGCACUGUAUUGUGAUAUAUUUACAAUACAAACCAUAGAUAUACCUUACUGUAAUAGCAGCACAUUGUGGAAGGUGACCUGCUCACUCUGGAGUUUUACUUACCACUGUUGUCUUCAUUUGACUAGUGGAGACCAGCCAAUGACCAAGACCAAGGGCCGCUUUCACAGUCGUCUGGUAUGCACCAUUACCAAAAGCCCUACCAUCCUGGUAACAGGCAUUGCCAUCGCCUCGAUUCGCUUUCACAGUCGUUGUUUUCCUGGUAUCCGUGACUACCAACGUGGUGACAAUCAUGACAAGACAGAGGCACCUGAUUCAGUGGUGUUGGUAUGCUGGAGUGGCGGGAAAUUUCAUUACAUCAGCUGAGCGGAGGAUUAUGAAGGAUAAAUAUGAAAAAUAAACGUGAUGAAUAAAUAUAAAGAAUAACUGUGAAGAAUAAAUAUGAAAAAAAUGUGGAGUGUCUUCUGCUGAUAGCCUAAUAUUUCCUAGGCAUAACAGGUGAAAUAAUCAUGACAAGUAUUAGUUCUAUUAUUUAGCAGAUGUCAGCAAGACAGACUCCUCGCCUAUAUUUAUUACAUUUGUUCAUUAUUCACACUGUCUUAUUUAAGACUUCACAUUUAUUCUUUACAUAAUAGGGCUGAUUUUGUUAUAUGUAUCCCCUAUGCAUACAUAGGUUAUCUAGAAUAAUAUGAGAGUUUGACAAAGAAGGCAAAACAGGUGAAUAAUGGUGACAAGUAUUAAAGUCCUCCCUUCUCCUUUGUUGUGUACUUUUGCAACAAUAAACCAUCAAUCAAUCAAAUUGAAAUUCUCAGCAGGACGUUUCCAUGUCAGCAGGUGAAGUGAGUUCACGUCAUUCAAAUUCUUUUAAAUUUUUUCUCAUAAUACCUCUGAAGCCAUGCAACGUGUUGCUGUAUAAUUUAAUAUUUUUUUACAUAUAUUUAAAGAAGUAAUAUAACCAUUUGAGAGCAAGAGUUUGUGUUAUUUACUAAUUAAUUGCAUUGGGGAGCCCCUCCGGCUACCAGAACUCCGUUACCAGUGGUUCCUAUCUCUGGUACUGAUGCAAACAAACUGUCGCAAAAGACGACUGUGAAAGCGGAUUUCUUGUUGGUAGCAGCGAUCGCUGCUCAUUGGUAACAAUCAAUACAAAUGAAAGUGACUGUGAAAGUGGCCCCAAGACUUGGUAGAGGGAGUGUGUGGAUAAACCACAUACUUCCAGUGGAGCAUGAUAAAAGUAUUCCCAAUUUUA